GGGUUCCUGCCCGGACUUGGAAAGCGGAAAAACCCAGGGGUGGGGCCGGAAGCGCGCGCCGCUACCGCGCAGCGUGUCGGUGCAGAGGGAGGCAGCGCAGACGGUAGUCGCGGAGGACCGGGCAAAGAUGGCGGCCUUCUCCGAGAUGGGUGUUAUGCCUGAGAUUGCACAAGCCGUGGAAGAGAUGGAUUGGCUCCUCCCAACUGAUAUUCAGGCUGAGUCGAUCCCACUGAUCCUGGGAGGAGGUGAUGUACUCAUGGCUGCAGAAACAGGAAGUGGAAAAACUGGUGCUUUCAGUAUUCCAGUUAUCCAGAUAGUUUAUGAAACUCUGAAAGACCAACAGGAAGGCAAAAAAGGAAAAACGACAAUUAAAACUGGUGCUUCAGUGCUGAACAAAUGGCAAAUGAACCCAUACGAUAGAGGAUCUGCUUUUGCAAUUGGGUCAGAUGGUCUUUGUUGUCAAAGCAGAGAAGUAAAGGAGUGGCAUGGAUGUAGAGCUACUAAAGGAUUGACGAAAGGGAAACACUACUAUGAAGUAUCCUGUCACGACCAAGGAUUGUGCAGGGUUGGCUGGUCUUCUAUGCAGGCUUCCCUAGACCUAGGUACUGACAAGUUUGGAUUUGGCUUUGGUGGAACAGGAAAGAAGUCCCACAAUAAACAAUUUGAUAAUUAUGGAGAGGAAUUCACUAUGCAUGAUACCAUUGGAUGUUACCUAGAUAUAGAUAAAGGCCAUGUCAAAUUCUCCAAAAAUGGGAAAGACCUUGGUCUGGCAUUUGAAAUACCACCACAUAUGAAGAACCAAGCCCUCUUUCCCGCUUGUGUUUUGAAGAAUGCUGAACUAAAAUUUAACUUCGGAGAAGAAGAAUUUAAGUUUCCACCAAAAGACGGUUUUGUUGCCCUUUCCAAGGCAUCGGAUAGCUUCGUUGUCAAGUCACAGCACUCAGGUAAUGCGCAGGUGGCUCAGACCAAGUUUCUCCCCAAUGCUCCGAAAGCUCUCAUCGUGGAACCUUCCCGAGAGUUGGCUGAGCAAACUUUGAAUAACAUCAAGCAGUUUAAGAAAUACAUUGAUAAUCCUAAAUUAAGGGAGCUUCUGAUAAUUGGAGGUGUUGCAGCACGAGAUCAGCUCUCUGUUUUAGAUAAUGGGGUGGAUAUAGUGGUUGGCACUCCGGGGAGACUGGAUGAUUUGGUGUCAACUGGAAAGCUGAACUUAUCCCAAGUCAGAUUGGUCCUGGAUGAAGCUGACGGGCUUCUUUCUCAAGGUUACUCUGAUUUUAUAAAUAGGAUUCACAAUCAGAUUCCUCAGAUUACCUCUGAUGGCAAAAGACUUCAGGUAAUUGUCUGCUCAGCCACUUUGCAUUCUUUUGAUGUGAAGAAAUUGUCUGAGAAGAUAAUGCAUUUUCCCACCUGGGUUGAUUUAAAAGGAGAGGAUUCCGUUCCAGACACCGUACAUCACGUUGUUGUCCCAGUGAACCCCAAAACUGACAGGCUCUGGGAACGGCUUGGGAAAAACCACAUUAGAACUGAUGAAGUACAUGCAAAAGAUAACACAAGACCUGGUGCUAACAGUCCAGAGAUGUGGUCUGAAGCUAUUAAAAUCCUGAAGGGAGAGUAUACUGUCCGAGCCAUCAAGGAACACAAGAUGGAUCAAGCAAUUAUUUUCUGUAGAACCAAAAUCGACUGUGAUAACUUGGAGCAAUAUUUUAUGCAACAAGGAGGAGGACCUGAUAAAAAAGGACACCAGUUCUCAUGUGUUUGUCUUCAUGGGGACAGAAAGCCUCAUGAGAGGAAGCAAAACUUGGAAAGAUUCAAGAAAGGAGACGUAAGAUUCCUGAUUUGCACAGAUGUAGCUGCCAGAGGAAUCGAUAUCCAUGGUGUUCCUUAUGUUAUAAAUGUCACUUUGCCUGAUGAAAAGCAAAACUAUGUUCAUCGAAUUGGCAGAGUAGGAAGAGCUGAAAGGAUGGGUCUGGCCAUUUCCUUGGUGGCAACAGAAAAAGAGAAGGUUUGGUACCAUGUAUGCAGCAGCCGUGGAAAGGGGUGUUAUAACACAAGACUCAAGGAGGACGGAGGCUGUACCAUAUGGUACAAUGAAAUGCAGUUGCUCUCUGAGAUAGAAGAACAUCUGAACUGUACAAUUUCUCAGGUUGAGCCAGAUAUAAAGGUACCAGUGGAUGAAUUUGAUGGGAAAGUUACUUAUGGUCAAAAAAGAACUCUUGGUGGUGGAAACUAUAAAGGCCAUGUGGAUAUCUUGGCACCUACAGUUCAAGAGUUGGCUGCCCUUGAAAAGGAGGCACAGACAUCUUUCCUGCAUCUUGGCUACCUUCCUAACCAGCUGUUCAGAACCUUCUGAGUUAAAUACACACUGAAUAAGAUUUGAAUAAUUAAAGUCUGUAGUCUUAAAACUCUAAAAUAGUUGUACUGCUUCCAAGCAGCAGUAUUUAUGGUAACUUAAGCUGUUAAUGCUAACUCUUGCAUGUCAAGAAACAUCAGUCUUAGGAAUUCUUCAUAAAAUGGCAACCUAAUGAAAAUAAUAAAUUUGAUGAUAUUUUCAUGAAAGUUUAUCUUAUUUUAAAGUUACUUAAUGGUUUUUCUUUUUCAGAAAAAGCUCUAGGUUUAUGAAGUAAAGUUUACGGGUGUGUGAAUUUGGCAGAGGACCUGUGUGGAACCAUAGUGAAUAUCCCGAGUAGGAUUUUCACAAAAAGGGUCCUAAAUGGAGACACUCUUGAGAUGCUGAUGGUUGCCUAAGUGUAUUGUGCUUUUUGGUUGUUGUUGUUGUUACUGUUUGUUCGCUUGCUUGCUUUUUAGGGCCACACCCAUGGCAUGUGGAGGUUCCCAGGCUGGGGGUCGAAUCGGAGCCACAGCUGCCGGCCUACACCACAGCCACAGCAACGCUGGAUCCGAGCUGUGUCUGUGACCCAUGGCAACGCCGGAUCCCCAGCCCACUGAGUGAGGCCAGGGAUUGAACCUGCAUCCUCCUGGAUACAAGUCCGACCAUUUCCCGCUGUGCCACAAUGGGAACUCCGCCUAGGUGUAUUUGGAAGCUAGGGAAGAAUCAUAACAUGAACGAAAAUUGGAUGAUCCCAGGGUAGAAGAACAUCUUGCCUAGUUUGGAAACCCGGAGUCUUUUAGGGGGUUAGAAGAGGUUCUUUGUGUGUCUAAGGACUGGUGACCGAUUUGAUGACGGGGACAGUGAAGAUGAAUCUGAAGGUUUAUCUUCUUUUUUAAGAACCUUUCUUUUCAGAUGAUACAUACUAUGGAGACAAAGGCACGCAAUGUCCUGCUAGGUCUUAAAUUUAAUGCAGCUCUUUGCAAUAUAUCUUCUCAAACUUUCUUGCCUAAAAUUCUAGAAGGAAAAGGCAAAAUUUAUGUCGAUACAAUUGAAUAGUCGCCUUGUGCCUUUUGACUCUUAGUUGAUGAAGUAGUUUCUUUGGGAGAAUUAUUCUGGCCCUAGAAAAUAAGAGCACAGGCUGUUACAGUUUCAUACAUGAUAGUUUUCAAACCUUUCAGCAACUGAAAUAUUUCCUUCAGACAAAACCUUGAGUGCAGUUUAGUAUGUCAGCAGUGGGAACCGCUCCCCGGUGUCUGGAGUCCGAGUUUGUACGGGACGAUUAUGAGGAAACCAUUCACUUCUGUCUAGACCCCUGUCACAGCUGCUCUCAGAGCUGUGAUGACAGCUCCUUGCCAUGUUCGUGCCCAUCACCACUGCCUCAGAAAUGGGUUUCUCGUUGACAUAAUGGCAAAGAAAAGACUUGAGAUUUAGACGAAGUUUGGAGCUAGAGGAGAUCUUCCUUAUUUCCCCUGUUCUCAUCUCGUAGAUGCAGAAGCUGAGUUCCAGGAAUGCAUGUUCAUGUGGCCCAGUUUCCUGGUUUCACCUUUUACUCGUUGGUCUCCCUUUUGCUCUCGGGUCCAGAUGGGUAGGUCGGAGAGGAGUGCUGGAUAGAGCCGGGACUUGGUGUUUCCUCUUGAGAUUCCUGUCCAUCUGGAGUUACUCAGGGAUCAGCUAUUCAGAGGACACUGCAUAUGCAUGGACCAGUGGUGGUGCCUGGAGACCGCCUGGGCUUCCAGCAGGUGCCAUCCCCCCAGACCUUCAGACGAGUGCUAAGGGUGUGAACGAGUGUUGAAGUCUGGUUAAGAUGUGCCCACUGGGCCAUGAGAGAUGCUAAUUGCAUCCUCCUCCCUUUUCUUUUUUUUUUUUGGCCACACUUGUGGUAUAGGCCAGGGAUUGAACCUGCACCACAGCAGCAACACAAGCUGCUGCAAUGACAGUGCCAGAUCCUUAACCCACUGCACCACAGGGAAGCUCCCCCUCCUUCCUUCUAGAAGUAGAGCCUCCUUGGAUUGAUACUGGGUCACCCGGCUGGGGACUGCCCUUCCCAGAUAACGGUCAGUCGGGUGAUGGUCUGCCUGCCCCCGCCACCCCGCCCCGCUCAGGCUGGAACCUGUGUCCCUGUUGGUGAGCCAGUGUCCACCGUUAGAAGAGCAUCACGCAGGGGGAAUGGUGGAGUAAGACGGGGCCUGGGUGGCCUUGUGGAAGAGCUGCCUGCCCCGAGAGGCUGUCUGCUACCGUAUCUUGUCUUGUGUUAGGUCUCCGCUCCAGCCAGCGCAGACUAGAGGCGCUUGAAUGCCCAGAAAACGUUGCCUGCUAACCAGCACAUUAGUACUGAGGUAGCCCUCAGCUUCAGCUCUGUCCGCUCUACAGCGUAGGAAUCCUCAGUGUCCUUCCUCACAGACCUCUCACUGCCAGGGUCCCCUCCGCACAGAAACGUUCAGGCGGCCCCACCUCCAGCACGUGUUAGACGUGACCUGCGGUCUCAUGAGUCUUGGCGCUUUGUCCGCAUUAACCAUUUCAUCUUCUGUUCACUGUUCAUCCGCUUCAAAGCUACCUUCAGGCUUUGCUAGAGCUACACUCUCCACAGUGCCUGGAGUGGUUUUAUGUUUGGGGAUUUUUUUGGCGAUCCAAAUUUGAAUAAACUUCAGCGAGCCUCUCUAACUCCGGCGUGCGUGUUCACUGUACCACUCACCCGGAAGAUGCUGGGAGCCUCUUCCUGGGACAGAGCCAAGAGAGACGAUAGAAGCCAAGCCAGAGGACCCAGGGCCUCGGGAUGGCCACCUAAGAGCACUGAUUGGAAAGGACUCCAACUAGUGGCCGUGGUUACAGGUCGCCCACACCUUUCCUACCUCCUCCUCAGAAGGAAUUUUCCGGAUGUAAACGGGAACCUCUGGUUAGAGGGCUCCCCCACCCCCACCCCCACCCCCCCCGCGGCCCCGCUUUCUACUGCUGUCCCCACUCCCAGAAAAAGUCACCUCUCAGGGACGUAUGGGCUCCUUUCUUUUUUUCUGUAAGUGUUUCGGUGUACCGUUUAGAUCUUACUGUAUGUAUAAUUUUAUAUCUGCAUUUGACAUAUUUUUCUUCCUGUAAAUACUUCCCUGGCUGCCUCGCCCACCAGAAGUGCUGUGGUCUGUCCCUCUCACAAGCCCUGAGGAGAACGGAGGGGGCGAGCCCCUCCCAGGUCAGGCCCAGGAGCGACUCCGGCUCUGACCCGACCAGAAGACGACAGAAGCGAGGCCCUCGGCCCCUGAGCGUUCCUUUCUUGUUCGUAAAAAUGGCGCAAGUCACCCUGGUCCUUGAGGAUUAUGCUGGACAGGCAGCGGGGUCAGCAGACCAGCGGCGCUGCCACCACGUUCUCCAGUGUGGACGCCGGCUGCCUCUUCCUGUUACCUGGACGGUUGCUGAACAUCUUGGUUCUGGCUUUUGGAUUGUUUGCCUCUACUGGAUUCCUCCACCCUCGAUUCUGGCGUGAAAUGAGCCUUAGGAACAUCUUCCAGAGUCAUUUUCAGACUGCUUUCUGGACAGUUUGCCCUGGUUGCCAUUCUCAAAACAAUGUGGGAAGAAUUCUGUUUCAUUUAUUUUGCAAACGGAAAUAAUACUGUUG